CGGACAAGUGGCUUGUUGCCGCUGCCGCAUAGCUGCCUUCCGUUGCAGCUCGACGCAGCAAGGCAACUCAGACUCGCCGAUCGAACGCCGCUGUGGCGUAUUAUGCUAUUACGCCGUAUCCUACUGACCAAGGGGUCGUCUUGCAGCAUCCUCCGCGCCUCUGCUGCUCGCCGACACCCGCUCCAACGGUCGCUCAUUACCGCGAUGGAAGCGCCUCCGACCCUCCUCGAUGAUCUGGCGAAUUUGAUGCGGAACGUGCCGAACUACCAGAAGAAAAUCCCCGACGUCGACGCUUACGUUGCGUCAAUUGAUAUCCCGGAGACCGUCGAGGGCCCCGUCGGCGGCUGCGAGCAACCCGAGACGCGAUUUGUUCGAAGAGCUUCGCCGGAGGGCCAGGCCAUCGUCGCUGCGCAGCUGAAGCGCGAGCGCGAGACGGAGCUGCGGGCCAUGGAAACGGACCCCGCUCUCGAGGCCGCGGCGCCCGUGCAGCCCGAAGCGGCUCCCGUUGUCGUGCCGACGCCCGCACCGGCCAUCGCGGCGGACGCGACGUUGUCUCAGCAUCAGCGUGCUGCUACUGCAUCAGGACUGGCGAGACAGGAGUUGGCCCGAUUGGAGCGGGCUUUCUGGAAAGCUUUAGUGGGGACGGACCUCACGCGGUGGCAGGACAUGGAGAACGACUGGGACGGCAGCAAGGCGUGUCCGCCGUUUGAUAUUGUGUCGCCGAAGUCGGGCCAGCCAGGAAGGGCGCUUACCUUCUACGAGGGCGACAUCCCGGAUGGCCUUAGCCUCGAGGAUAUGCGCAAGAAACACUGCACGACGGACAAGAUGAAGGCGGACUGGGCCGUCGCGGCCGCUUUUAGCUUAUUGGCAAGAAACCUCUACAAGGCCGAACACGAGGCCUACGACAAUAUGUUGCAGCUCUCGAAGGCGAACGGCUUCAACGGCGGUACUAGGGGACGCGAGGAGCGGGUGCGCUACGGCGACGACGCCGCGUACUCCAGUUUGAUCCGCGAGCUGGUGGAGAAGCAGCUGCUGCAAGACAAGAAGACGUACUACGGCAAUUCUAAGGAGUCGUUGAAAUAUCAGAUUGCGAAAUGCGACGACAUCCUGGACGCGCUCGCGGCGCCGUUCGAGGAUUUAGAUGGGUCCGCGCUGGUCAAAAUUAAAACAUUUGAUGGCCGACGCCAGUUCGUCUCACCGGUGGCGCCAUCUGAUUUGCCGUGUUUCAAGGGCCAGCCGCGGAAGACGAACAUCGACCACGUCGACGGCGGCUGGAAGGGCGCCGUGCUGGCCGUUCGGAAGCUCUUAAUUAGGCGCCUCUGCGACGAGGCGUUGAACAAGCGGUUCCCGGGCAUCGAGUUCUACCUGGACUCGAAGAACGCCGCCGUGCGCGCGUACAUAGACGCCUACAUCCCCAGCGCGUUGUGCCACGACCCACGCGGGCGCACUGUAUUUAGAUUGAAAUUCGAAGUCGACCCUAUCACGUGGCAUCGGAUGAGUCGGACGGAGCAGCAAGGGUUGGAGGUGGACCGCAUCCGGCGCGUGCUGCUGAAGGGCGCCAUGCAAGCUCUGAGCGACGACGAAGUGGAGUUGGAGGGCCCGGACGCGGUGCGACUGGCGCUGCUGCAGGAGCGCUACCCGGGCCUCACGUUCAAGCGCGCGGCGUCUUUUGUUAAACACGCUUGCGGCCGCUUCUCGGCGAAGUUCCUGGACCGCGGCGUCAUCGAGAUGGUCAUCGACCACAUCGGUCUGGCCACGGUACAGGGCAAGGACGACGGCAAGUGGUACCGCGAGGUCGGAUUUCGCGGGCUGCUGCCCGAGGUCGAGAAUCGCUACGCGAGCGGCUACGAGUGGAUGAAGAUAUUAGGCCUGGAGGAGUAUUGCCGCGACUACCUCGCGAACCCGCUUUACAAAACGGGCUACAAAACGGACCACGGCGAGGUCGUCGCCGCGGCCUUCGAGAAGGAGUACGGGCCGAAUCCGUUCAAGUGGAAUCUCUAGAGUCGGCCACGCCUCGUCCGGCAACGCGACGCGCCUGUGGGUGGCACGCUUCAAUUCGCAGACUAACUUUAGUGUUGUGAGUAAUAAAUAAUGGCAAAAUAUCUACUUCCUCCCGGGACUCCUUCACGACCUCGGCGCACGCGUCGUAGACCGCUGGCCGCAGGCCCUUGUCGUCGCUUUGGAGGUGGGACGUGAUGAACGGGAUCGCCGCUUGAGGCGUCAAGGGUCGACGUCCAAGGACCAUUUCAAAGGCUCCUCAUCA